GGUGCAAAUGAUACCAAACCAUCGGGUUAGCGCUUUAACGCGUUAACUUUGGUCAUCUCUUAAUUAAUCAAACUUCUCUCCCGCCAAAGUUCCAAUGCAUUUGCUCACUUGAUCAAUGGUCAUCACCACCCGUCUGAAGAAACUUCCUUCCAAACUACUCUUCUCAAGAAAUCAUCCCUUUGCGUCAUUUUCUCAAACACUUUCCGCUCGCUCCAAUUUGCCCCACUACAAAGACAACCCAGACAAGGCCAAGGACAACUGGAACACCAACCAUUCUUUUGUCCUCUCAAACCCGAUUCUUUCACUCCUUGAAAAUAAAUGCAAGUCCAUUUCUCAACUCAAGCAAAUCCAAUCCCAAAUGAUCAUCACUGGCCUCAUCUCAGAUGGGCUGGCGUCGAGUCGUUUGAUUGCAUUCUGUGCUCUCUCAGAAAUGGCUGAUCUUUCUUACUGCAAAACGUUGUUAUGCAGUUUGCGAAACCCAAAUGCAUUUUCUUAUAAUGUUUCUAUUAGAGCUUUUUCUGACGGUGAGAACCCGAUUGAAGCUUUUAUUUUAUACAAGCAAAUGUUGUGUGCUUGGAGUAAUAGUGGUUUAAGGCCUGAUAAAUAUACUUUUCCUUUAUUGUUUAAGACAUGUACUAGAUUAUCAUUCUUUUAUUUGGGUUUUGAGAUUCUUGUUCAUGUUAUUAAAUUGGGUUAUGAGAGAAACAUUUAUGUGCAUAAUGCUUUAAUUCAUUUCUUGGCGUCUUUUGGGGAGUUGGACAUUGCACGUAUGGUGUUCAAUGAAAAUUGCGUGAGGGACUUGGUUUCUUGGAAUUCUUUGAUUAAUGGGUAUGUCAAGAGCGGGAAAGCACUCAAUGCUUUGAGGAUUUUUAGGGAAAUGGAGACGGAGGGAGUCAAGCCAGACGAGGUUACUAUGAUUGGAUUGGUUUUGUCGUGCGGGCAGUUGGAGGACUUAGUGCUUGGGAGAGAAUUUCAUCAGCGCAUUGAGGAGUAUGGGCUGAAUUUGACCGUGCCUCUAGGUAAUGCUCUUAUGGACAUGUAUGUGAAGUGUGGGGAACUUGAUGAAGCAAAGGCUUUGUUUGAUAGGAUGGAGAAGAAGACCGUGGUUAGUUGGACGACCAUGGUUGUGGGCUAUGCAAAGUUGGGGCUUUUGGACAUUGCUAGAAAGCUUUUCGAUGAGAUGCCUGAGAAGGAUGUUGUUCCUUGGAAUGCUUUGAUUAGUGGUUACGUCCAAAUCAAACAUUGUAAGGAGGCAUUGGCUUUGUUUAGUGAAAUGCAAGCCAUGAAUGUUAUGCCUGAUCAGGUGACCAUGGUUAGUUGUUUAUCUGCUUGCACACAGAUCGGGGCGCUUGAUGUUGGAAUUUGGCUUCAUCAGUAUAUUGAAAGGAAUAACAUCUCUAUAAAUGUUGCUUUGGGGACUGCUUUGAUAGAUAUGUAUGCAAAAUGUGGCAACAUCAGUAAGGCACUUCAGAUUUUUAAAGAGAUGCCAGCAAGAAACUCAUUAACUUGGACAGCUAUAAUAUGUGGUUUGGCUUAUCAUGGGGAUUCCAGUGACGCUUUAUCCCACUUCUUUGAGAUGAUUCAAAUUGGACUGGUCCCAGAUGAAGUUACUUUUCUGGGUGUCUUGUCAGCUUGUUGUCAUGGAGGUUUGGUUGAAGAAGGUCGCAAGAUUUUUGCACAGAUGAGCUCCAAGUUCAACAUUCCUCCCAAACUUAAACACUACUCUUGCAUGGUCGACCUUUUGGGUAGGGCUGGUCUACUGGAAGAGGCUGAAGAGCUUAUUAAGAGCAUGCCAAUGGAAGCCGAUGCUGUGGUGUGGGGAGCAUUAUUUUUUGCAUGUCGAAUUAAUAAAAAUGUCGAAAUGGGGGAGAAAGCUGCUAUGAAGCUUCUAGAACUGGAUCCUCAAGAUAGUGGAAUCUAUGUCCUGCUUGCAAGCAUGUACAUCGAAGCAAAUAUGUGGCAUAAGUCCAGGGAGGUUAGGAAGAUGAUGAAAGAAAGAGGUGUUGACAAGACACCUGGCUGCAGUUCAAUAGAAGUCAAAGGUGAUGUUUGGGAGUUCAUGGUCAAAGAUAAGUCACAUCCUCAGUGUGAUGAGAUCUACCAAUGUCUUAUGGAAUUAAAGAGACAGAUGGAGCUUGUCGAAUAUUCAGCUGAUGUGCCUCUCCUGGAAUAUGACCUCCUCAUUAGCUCUAAUAGCUGCUGCUAAGUCAACUGAGAAGGUUAGUUUAGAAUGCACAUCCGUUUUGCAAAGCUAAGAACAAGAUUGAGAAGUUUGUAAAGAAGUGACUAUUCAAAUGUCAACUGUCAAUUUUCAAUUUUCUACCUCACAAUAGUCCUGAACAUGUUGUCUUGCUUGCUAUGCAGUUUUAAUGUUUUGUCAGUGUGAUCUUUUCAUCACUUCAUCUUGUUUAGUUUCCCAAAGUUUGACCAGGUGUUUAAUUAUCUAAAAGUUGGCUGGCUGAAGAACUUAAAUUUCUCUUAGUUAUGCUGGCAAAUUUUAUGUUGCAAAAGGCUGCAGAGAAGGCAUAGUUGAUUAGGAAAAAAUUCGGAAACAUUUGUGAUCCGAAUGGAGUUAAUUCUUGAACCGGUUGCAUCCCCAACUUGGUCAGAUCUACAAUUGUUCUACUCAGUCAACAAGAUGUCUGGAGGUUGCUUAGCAUAUGUCUAAUAUUCUCUGGAGAUAAUCCCAAAUUUGGCUGUCUGUGGCUGCAAAAUUUCAAUGACCAGGUCUGUUGGAAAACAGAAACUCAUAUCCCAUACUUUUUCCCAAAUUUUAAUCAGCAAUAACUUGGCAUGCUGUUCUAAGUAUAAUCAGUCACAGACAGAGGUAGUCAGACACCAGAUCGAUUCAAUUGUCUGAAAUAGAAAGUGGUCUGCAGCCAACAUGUCAUCCAUUCCUCUUUCCAGUUUUCUCAGCCCACAGAACACAUUACUUUCAUUGAGCAAACAAAGAAAGAAAGAAAUCUGAGGGUCGGGUGUAGCUGAAGAAAUUAGUUAUCCCACUUGUUUUUAUCCUGUCCAAGAGGGUUCAUCAAUAUGAGAUCCUCACACUUGACAUAAGGCUUGUCAAAUCGUUUCUGACAUACACAUUUAAUUGAGCUGUUGCUAAUGCUGAUGCUGAUGAAAAACAGUUGAGAUUGGGGUCUCCUUUGAUAUUGAAUCUGUAGUUACAGAGGCCAAAAAUGAUCCUGAUAUUGGUUCUUGUGAGAAAGCUGGGAUUGAUGAAAGAAAGGAUAAUUCCUUGCGCUAUGCAGUUUCUAAGUUGUAAAAAAAGAUUACCCUCUUCAGGCCACAAAACAAAGAAGCAUAUAGUUCAAGAAAGGAAAUGCGGAAUCUUUGCUAUGGAAAAGGAAAAUUGCUUAUACCUGUCAGUGGACAGUUUCUUGUACUUAUUUAUAGGUUAAGCUCACUGAAAUCCUUUGCUUAUGCUCAACAUACCCAAGAGUUUAGAGUUUUAUUGACUUUGGAAUCUUAGAUGUCCUCAUAGCACAUCAGUUAUAUGGCCUUGGCUGAUAAUAUGAAUGAAGAAUUAAAAUAGCCCAAGGUGAAAUGAUUAGUAUGCUGUUUUCAUCUGCAGAAGAAGUUUAAGCCUAAGUUCUGAGAUAUUGUCGAGGCAUUUCCUAAUGUGAAGGUUUCAAAGUCAUCCCCUAACUUGGUGGUGUAAAUUGUUAAGUUUCUCAUUUCUAAGAGAAAAAUCUUGAAGGGAUCACAUACCUGAUCAGAUUUCUUAUUGGUGCAACAAAGAAUGUGCAAUAGGAAAAUGAUGUUAACUGCUUUUGAUCGAAAUUUCAGCAAUGGCUAUGUCUGUCAUAUCAAGGAGGAGGAGAUGACAGCAAAAAUGGCUGAGGAAUCUGGUCAAGUUUUUCUGAAUGAUGGAGCAUGUCAAUGCAAAGGUAGGUGUCCUUAUGGAUAUAGUAAACAAAUACAUCAAUUGGAUAUGCACUUGGUGACUCGAGUUGAUUCUUUGCACAAGGGAGUGAGCUUUUUAUAAACAUUCCUUGCCAAGUCACUCGCUAUGGGCUUUCCCUAGUUGCAUAGAAUCCUUGGUUCAUUUAAGGCGUUUAGCUCUUUGUGGGGAUGUAGACUAUUCCAGCAUCAAGAGCCAAUCUCAGGAUCUUGAGACCUUGCUGUUGAAGGGAUUAAGAGGUGAUGUUACACAGCCAGAUACUACUUGGAGUAUGGCAAGUUGAGACAUAUGCACGUAACUAAUUAUGCUACCUUCAUCUUGCAAGACAUCACUACAGAAAUUUCCUCUCAAUUAGAUAAUCUGGUCAGUCUUUCCUCUCCAUUUCUCUGUUCUGUUGAAGUUACAGAAAGGAUGAUGAGAAGGUUACCCAAACUCCGUAAACUUAGAUGCAUGUUUUCACAGAAGAACACGCUGAUUGUUAGGAUCACAAUCGCUUUCCAGUAUUAGAUUUUCUGUCAGAGCUUUGAGUCACUUAAAGUAACUAUUGUGGCAGAUUUCUUCAUUAUUUGGAUUCCCCUCAAGUCUCAGAAAGUUAACACUAUCAAACUCCUACCUAUCAUGGGAUUAUGUUUCAGAGAUUGGGAGAUUACCCAACCUUGGGUUCUCAAACUACCUUGUAGAGAGCCUUUGCCGGGAAAAGGUGGGACGUGAAAGAAGGGGAGUUCAUUAAACUCAUUCUUGAAACUUGACUCCUCAAACCUUGCCCAUUGGAGUGCAUACAGUGAUGAGCUGCCCAAUCUUGGAUGGCUAGUCUUGCAAAUUUGCAGGCAGCUUGAGGAGGUUCGUUGUGAUUGUCUGCUAUUUCUCAGACAUUCUGCUGAGAGUCACUUAGAAGACUCUAAUGAAGAACAACUUGAAAUGGGAAUUGAGCAGUGGAAGGUCCUCAUAAAUCGUUCACAUUGGGAUCUCAUAUCAUCUUCAUAAUUGUGGUCAAGCUAUUGGCUGAUAUCCUUUUUGCAGUGCUGUCUAGAAAGGCCGCGGUGGACCUAAAAAUGAAUAAAAUGAAAGAUUUUUGGAAGCUGUCAGUAAAGGAUUUUGGCUGACCUCAAGGAGUUCUCACGAAGGUGAUUUCAAUUAUUUAUAGCUAGCAGCAGAUUACAAUUCUUAUGCUUGGAGUUACAUCUGAAAUUGCUCCAGUAUGAUUCUGUGAUGAAUAUGACCUGAUAGCUAGCUGAAUAGGCAACUCAACUCUGAUAAUAGAUUUUUACAGCUAGUAGCCGAAUGUAAUUCAUAUCUUUGGAGUUAUGUUUGAAAUUGAUCCUGUAUGGUUUUAUGAUGAUUAUGACUGGAUUGAAGUGCUACUUAUUG